AAGUGGUGUUUGUCCCGCCUUCAUCUUCCUGCAGACAACGAUGAUCCGGUCGCUCACCAUAGCUUCACGCGCCCGUCAUUCGUGUACGAGGAGCUGCCCUCGACCACUCCAACGUCCGCUGGGACAGUGUGUGACGAGGGUCCAGUCGUCCGUCUGUUGUGCUUGUUCAACAACGCGUCGUCGGGGCAUCGUGAUGGAACACGUGUUGCAGGAGGUUCGUGGCAAGACCUUGAGCAGGGUGGAGAGAAAUGCGGUGGUUGCAGCAGUGUUGGCGGUGGCCAUGCGAUGUCGCAUCGAGAGAACGACGGCGCGGUUGAGGACGAGAGUGUUUAUCCGCAGGCAGCGUGAGCUCCUCCACCACGUGAUGGCGGCGCCAGACUGCGUGUCCAUGUCCGAAUCCAUUAUCCAGUUUUGCGUCGCCAUGUCAUCCGGGGCGAUACCGCGGGCGACUCCAAGGUGGUGGAUGCGGAGAAGGACGGGUGGCACGUGGGAGGAUCUGCGGAAGAUGGACGACGCCUCGGACGAGUACUACAAGGAAAAGUUGAGGAUGACCCCCAGGGUGUUGAUGGAGAUCGUGGAGGCGUUGUCCCCUCUUCUGCAGCGGCGGGUGACAUUCUACAGGGUUCCUUUGCAACCGGAUCACAUCAUCGCAUAUGCGUUGUACCGAUGGGCGAGCGGUGAGACGUACGAGAGCAGCACAUCGUCAUUCGGAAUAGGGCGCGCAUCCGGGUUGAUCGCAGUGGAGGACGUUACGAGGGCGCUUCUGAGGGUGUACAGUGACAAGAUCGUUUGGCCUACUAGGAUGCGUCGUACGCUCGUUCUGCGUGCCUUCGAGGCGAAGGGCUUUCCCAACUGCUAUGGCUGCAUAGACUGCACGCACGUUUACGUCGACAAACCGGCGAACGCUCCUUCGGAGAACUACUUCGACCGGAAGCAUCGUUUCUCCGUUGUAGCGCAGGUGGUGGUGGACCUGGACUUGCGCAUCRCGGAYGUUUUCGUCRGUUACCCAGGGAGCUGCCAUGACAUUYGGGUGCUUCAGCUCUCCAGUCUGUGGGCGCGURCGGAGGAGGGGGAUCUUUUCCAUGGAGCUCCUGUUGUGYUGYCGUUYGGAGUGASGRCACACGGUUACAUUCUGGGCRACAACRGGUAUMCGCCGCUGGAGUGGAUUGUCAUGCCGUACGAGGGGACCGAUCAAAUCCCCGACGAGGAGAGGUUCGACAACAAGCAAAAGGUCGCCAGGGGAGCAGUGGAGAGAGCUUUCGGGAGAUUGAAAGGGAUGUGGAGGUUGUUCCUCCGCACACACAAGACGAAUAUGGACACUCUCCCACAACAGUUCCAGGCCGUGUGCAUUCUGCACAACAUCCUCCUUGACGCUGGCAUGGAGUUCAACGAGAACUUGCUGUGGGAGGUCGAUGCUAAUGGCGUGCGGCGGCGAGUGGACUUGGGGUUGGAUCAUCCACCCCACCCCAUUGCUGAGAACUUCAAUCGGCCCCGUGCGUUGGCGCUACGCGAGGCGUUGGCGGAGCGGAUGAAACACGCGUGAAGGCGCGCACCGCGUCGACGGCACGUGGCUCUGCCGUCCUUGUGGAGGUCGUUCUGUGUUGUGUCCAACGGAGGCAUUUUGUGUUAUUUAGUUGUUGCAGGCGUGUGCCGUGCCCUGGGGUGUUGUGUACGUUUAGUGAGGGUUGUCAUUGAUCGCUAGUGUCGCGGAGCCGUCGGCGGAGACGCUGUUCAUCCGCAAUUCUUUUCCUAUUUUUUUUGUUAAACAUUUUGUAGUAGGUUGUUAACGCCCCGUGAUGCGGUUUGUUGUGAGUGAGUGCGCGCAGCUGCACGAUUUCG